AGCUUUAGCUUCUAAUGUUUUUAUUUUUUCUUUAAUGUAAUAUUUCUAAACAUAAGUGUUAAAUAGUUUGUGUUCUGCAGUAAAUUUAAGUGGUUUAAAUUACAACGGAAUUUUAAUUAGUUAUCAAUAUUUUUAAGGAUUUCCGAACUAUAAAUAUUUCUUUAAACUACUCAGAUAAUCAUCCAUUUUUAUAAUCCAAAAUGAUGAAAAUAUUUCCAAUUGUCUUUGUACUAGUUGCAGUAUCUUAUGGACAAGUAAGACACAAUAAUCAUCAAUUUCGUCCGAUAAAGGGAAGCCUUGUGGAGCAGGAAUUAAGAGCUGUGGUAAAAAUGGUACCCAAUAAUGUGCAAAAAAAUAAUGUUACUGGAAACCUACUUAUCGUUCAAGAUGGAAAAAAUGGGCCUGUCAUAAUAACUGGCUCAAUUUAUGGUCUUUCUCCUGGUUCUCACGGUUUCCAUGUCCAUGAAAAAGGAGAUAUAUCUAAAGGCUGCAUUUCUACUGGCAAACACUUUAAUCCUGAAAAAGUUAAUCAUGGAGCACCUGACGAUAAGGUACGGCAUGUUGGAGAUCUUGGUAACGUAAUUGCAAACAAAGAAGGGGAGGCAGUCAUAAACAUUACUGAUUCGAUAAUAUCUCUAAGUGGACCAAACAAUGUUCUUGGUCGAGCAUUUGUUGUUCACGAAAAAGAAGAUGAUCUAGGAAAGGGAAACACUUCAUUAUCAUUGGAAACAGGCGAUGCUGGAGACCGCUUGGCAUGUGGAAUCGUUGGAAUUCAGUCGCCUCUUGAAAGUUGGAAUUCAGCAGGAUUACUUAAUUCUCAACUAUCGUUUAUUAUAAUAUCAAUCUUCUGCCAUCAGAUUUUAAUAUAAUUAAGAAUAUGUCUAUGUGGCAUUGUUUGGAAAAAGAACAAUUUAAAAUAAAAGUCCAUAAGGAUAAUAUACAUACAUCGUACUAUAUAUGUGACCUGAAAUUAAGAAUACUAUUUUAGCUCUGUGCAAUGCGUGAUUACCAUACUGACAGGGGUCAAACUUUUUUACAUUAAAAGUUUCAAAUUAAAAAAAAUUUUGUUAAAUUUUUAACCCAUUAUCCCUCUAGUUUUUUCUCAAAAGUAUUUAAACCUGUUUCUUAUUUCGGCAGAAUUUUACUCCUCCAAAAGAAUUUUGGGAAAGCUAUAUUUCUCUGAUAUACAAUUAAAAAAUGUCCCAUACUCUAUAUUCUUUAUUUGUAAAUAUGGAAAUGCUAUUAUAAAUACAGAAAAUAAUGUAGCUGUGGUACUUCUUUAUUCAUUACUCAUGUGAGACAAAUAUAGAUAUCCGAAAUUCUUGUCGAGAAGUAAAAGGCUGUUUUGUAAUAAAAAUAAUUUUGGGUACCUUUAAAAAUAUUUUACUAAGAAGAGAAUGGGUUAAAAAGACUUUUAAUUUUCUGUUGUUUUAUUCUAAAUUUUUUUUAAAUUUCAUUUUAAGAAAUAUUUAAAAAAAUGUUUAUUUCACGGUUUUAAAGUUCAAAAAAUUCUGAACAAAAAAAUAUGCAUAUUUAUUUAUAUAUUUUGUUGUUCCUAGGUUACACAUAUACUACGCCAUAUAUAAUUUUUAUUGUUUUUUAUUUUACAGCUGGAACUUUCUCCAAAUAAUGACAUAUACAAGUUAUGCAAUUUUCAUAACAUUUAAAAUUUUGCUUAAAAAAAACUUAUAUUGUUUGUAUUUCAUUUAUAGAGGUAAAUUCUAAUACUCUUUACUAUUAAUUGUAUUAAUUUAAUAUUUAGAAGCAUUUUUAUUCGUUAUAAUCCCCACAGUACCGAAACUUUCCUAAAGAUUUAUUUGAAAUGUUCGGAAUAUUUAAUUGCAAUGUUUAGUAAAAAUUGGGUAAAGAUUUAAAUAUCCCACUUGAAUAAAUGUUCAGGAAAGUUUUAAACUAAACAUUUAUUUAAUCGGGACAUUUAAAUCUUUACACAAUUUUCACUAAACAUUGCAAUUAAAUAUUCCGAACAUUUCAAAUAAAUCUUUAGGAAAACUUCAGGAAAUUUUCGGUGCUAUGGGGGAAGUUUCUAAGUCUGCUAAUUUAGUACAGUAAUAGAAAACUAAUUUUUGUACAGUGAACACAGUCACAGUGUAAAAACUCAUUUGCACAUAUUAAUAUCACGUUUCGCGUUCAUUUAAAUUAUAAAGUACACAAAAAACUUUUUAUAUAAAAACUAAACUUUCUUAUAGUAUACAUAACCACUGAUUGUAUAAUGUAAUGUAAGAAAAUUAAAUUAUGAUUAUAAUAAAACAUAGUUAAUUUUUAAUAAAA